AUGGUGAUGAAAAUUAAUAACUUGACUGUUGAAACUGAAGAUGUGUUUGCAAGUUUGCUCGACUUUGCUGCUAACAAUGACGUCCAGGGCUUUAAAAGGUUGGUUGAUCGUGAACCGUCCAUUGUUGAUGAAGUUGGACUGUGGUAUGGACGUCAAAUGGGAUCAAGGCAAAUGGUUCUUCUGCCUAGAACUCCAUUGAUGAUGGCUGCCACUUAUGGUGGCAUUGAUGUUUUGAAACUGAUAAUUUCUUUGCCUGAAAUUGAUGUGAAUCGACCAUGUGGCAUUGAUAAGACAACUGCUCUUCACUGUGCGGCAUCCGGUGGAUCCAUGAAUGCCGUUGAUGCUGUGAAGCUACUAUUGGAAGCAGGAGCAGAUCCAAAUCAGGCAGAUGCCAAUGGCUGUUAUCCUCUGGAUGUUAUCACUGUCUCACGGAAGUUUUACGAUAUGAGAACUUCCCUCAAAGUUCUUCUUGCAACCGACAUUUCAGAUUCAAUACGUAUACCUUUCUCAUUGUCUCCCAGAAAUGGAUCCUCCUCAUCUCCUUUUGAGUCAGUACCUUCUCCUAUGGUGUCACCCGCACCUGAGAGGAGACAAUACCUGGUUGACCUAACUUUACCGGACAUCACGAACAGCAUCUAUUCUUCAGAUGAGUUCAGAAUGUAUACAUUUAAGGUUCGACCUUGCUCUCGGGCCUACUCACAUGACUGGACAGAGUGCCCAUUUGUUCACCCAGGUGAAAAUGCUCGAAGAAGGGAUCCAAGGAAGUACCACUACAGCUGUGUACCUUGUCCAGAUUUUCGAAAGGGGGCUUGCCGAAGAGGAGACAUGUGUCAAUAUGCUCAUGGAGUUUUUGAGAGUUGGCUCCACCCGGCUCAGUAUAGGACAAGACUUUGCAAAGACAGUACAGCUUGUGACAGAAGAGUCUGCUUCUUCGCCCACAAGCAAGAGGAACUCCGACCAUUGUACAUCUCGACUGGUUCUGCCAUCAACUCCCCUCGCUCAAGUGUGUCUACUGUCACUGCCAUGGAUUUUGCUGCAGCUAUGAAUCUUUUACCGGUUUCUCCUUCAUCAAUCCAGGUUAUGUCCCCAUCUCCAUUCACUCCACCCAUGUCUCCAUCUACAAAUGGCAUUUCGAUCAUGGGUUGGGCACAGAAAAAUGUUCCUACACCAAGUUUACCUGGAACCAACCUCCAGUCAAGCCGUUUACGUUCUUCGCUAAGUGCUAGAGAUAUCCCCACAGAAGACUUGCAUGAACUACCCCUUGUGAGUACCAACUCGCUGAACCAUUCUGCUCGUUCAAAAACCAUAGCACCUUCAAGUCUCGAGGAUAUUUUUCUUGCUGAGAGCUCUUCUCCUCAAUUUUCCAAUCAACCAUUGGCUUCGGCUGCUUUCUCCCCUACACACAAAUCAACGGUUCUUAAUCAAUUCCAGCAGCAGGCAAUAUUAUCUCCAAUCGAAACAGAGUUUUCUCCAAGAAAUGUUGACAACUCUUUAACCUCAUUUGGGACUCAAUCUUCUGGGAGGAUGUCACCCCGGAGCAUGGAGCCUAUCUCACCAAUGAGUCCUCGCAUGCCAAUUCUUGCUCAACAUGAGAUGCAGAAGACACAGUUUCGAAGCCUCAGUUCGCGUGCUCUAAGCACUAAUGCUAAAGAUGCUUUUGUCGCUUUGGAUAGUACAUGGCCAUACGCGAGAUUUGCUACAGGUAGUCCGUGCAAUCUCCAUGAGGAAUGUCGGCUAAAGAGAUCCUCAUCGUUUGAUCUUGUGAACAACGGAGAGGAGCCUGAUUUAUCAUGGGUUCAAUCACUUGUUAAGGAAUCUCCUCAGGAAAUGAAUGAAAAGUCUGCACCAACAGCUUGCUCCAAGGAUACUGGUACGUCUUCUGGUCCGAGUCCAAAUAUGAAUUCCCAGUUUGAACAAAUCGAUCAUUCUGCUUUGGGUGCAUGGAUGGAGCAAAUGCAUCUUGAUCAGCUGAUGGCUCAGUAA